CUGCUUUCAUUGGCCCACCUCUGCUCCUUGUUUAUUUCCGGAAGUAAGUAAACAGUGUCCCACUUCCCAUCAGCACUAUCAAACAUCUCCAACGACGCAACUACAGGUGUGUCCUCUUCCACAGGAUGGCACAUUGGUUUCACAGAAACCCACUGAAGGCAACAGCGCCUGUGUCCUUUAAUUUUUACGGUGUGGCAGGGAGCCCCUCUGCCAAUAAGAUAUGCAAUGACCUGAGGACAACCAGGGCCAGGCUGCUGGAGAUGUUCACUGAUGUCACCUGCAACCCUGAGAUCAUGAAAAAUGCCACAGAUGCUUACUUCUCCCUCUUACAAGGCUUCAUCUCAUCCUUGGAUGGAACUACGCAGGAGAACAAGAUGAGGUUCAUCCAGAACUUCAAGUGGACUGACACCUUACAAGGAAACAUACCAAGUGCCCAGCAGGAUGCAGUGUUUGAAAUGGUCUCCAUGGCCUUCAAUGUAGCCGUCUGGUACACCAAGUUUGCCUCACGACUAGCAGGCAAAGAAAACAUAACAGAGCCUGAGGCAAAAGACGUUCACCGGAGCCUGAAGGUUUCUGCUGGAAUAUUCAAAAACCUCAAGGAGGUUCACAUCCCUCGUCUCAUCACCCCGGCUGAAAAGGGCAGAGACCUGGAGCCCAGAGUGAUCGAUGCAUACAUCAUCCAGUGCCAAGCAGAAGCACAAGAAGUGACAAUUGCCAGGGCGAUUGAAUUGAAGCACAACGCCAGUCUCAUCGCAGCGCUGGCAUUUGAAACGGCAAACUUCUAUCAGAAAGCCGACCACACACUGAACACAUUGGCACCAGAGUGCAGCAGCAAGUGGAGGAAGUAUUUUCAGCUGAAGUGGCACUUCUACAUGGCUUAUGCAUACUGCUAUCAUGGACAGACACUGCUGGCAAGUGACAAGUGUGGUGAGGCCAUAAGAUCCCUCCAGGAAGCGGAAAAGUGUUACUCCCGUGCUGAGGCGCUGUGUAAAGAGUAUCGUCAGACCAAAGGCCCGGGCACCACAGCCAAACCAUCAGAGCAACUGUUCUUCCUCAAACUGGGUGGCCUCAUUAAAAUCACACUGGAGAAGUGCCAGAGGGAAAAUGGAUUCAUAUACUUCCAUAAGGUCCCAGUUGAGCCCCCCCUGCUGGAGCUGAAGGCGAGUUACGGCCUGGCUGAGCCAGUCACAUUCGAGCUGCCGCCUCUCAGCGAGCUGUGCACUCCUGAGGUUUACGCCACCUUCGACCUGACUAAAGGAGCCAAAAAUGGAAAGGCAAAACCCAAGGAGGAGGAGGUGAAACCAGUGAAGGAGCCAGAUUUGAAGCCUCAGACGGACACAGGCUGUGUCGUCUCCUAAACCCCCCACGCACUUCAUUUCCAGCCUCAUGCUUCAUCUCCAUCGACUGUACUGAUGGCAUCUAUAUUUCCUUCCAAGUAUUCAUCCAUAGGAAAUGUAUUUUUUAAUUAAUCCAUGACGUUUUACAUUUAUGCUAAGACACGUGUAUUGUAUGUGGGUAUGACGGCCGUUGUUGUUGCAUUUAAGCCAGAGCCAGUUAAACAUCAUCGCUCAUAUGUUUGGCGUUUAAUUCAAACUGAAUUUCUAUGAAGUAAACCUGAAACACAAACAAACAGACAGGUCUUUCAGGCUGGGGUGAGUGAUUACAUCUGAAAUACUUUCUUUAAAUUAGGUUCUGAUAAAAAAAAAAAAAAAAGCCUUAAUGGGCAAUGCAGUUCUAGUAAUGGUGCCUUUGGCUGCAUUAACCUGUUCACUGUUUCCUCUUAUUAGUGUCUGGGUGUUAAACUCUUAACCACUGCAUUGCGCUGGCCCGAUGAUAGACAAUUAAAAAAAAUGCACAUCGGUCAAUUAAACAUUAUAGAUGGCUAUAUAAUGACUAUAGAUCCAAAGGUUUUAAAACUGAAUAUUUAGCACUACAUAAACUAUCAUGAAACAAUCUGCUAAGACUCAAUGUAGGAUUUGGAUUCACACAACCACCCUGCAAACUAAAAUUCUUUUCAGAUGACUAGAAUACAUUCUAUUCAGAACACACACACAAAAUGAACAAAACUGCAUGUGUAGUUUGUUUUAGCUGUAGCAGUUUACAAUCACAACUUUUAAUUUAGAUCACAUGACGUAUGUACUGUAGUUCUUUUUUUGUACAUUAGAUUUACAUAGCUGUUUUCUGCUUUGACUUUUCAUUUAAAGAAGCUUCAUUGCCACUUAUAUUUGAAUCCUUAUUAAUGGUGUCCUGUCAGGGAAAUUAUGCCCUAUAGGUCUUUAAUUUAUUUCUAUUGUUAUGUAAUGAUAGUUAAGUUGACCACAUAACCCACUUAACGACAGUAUACAGUUCUGUGUAAUUUGAAUCAUAUGUUUAUUGUGAUUGAUUUGGGUUAAAUGAUAUUCAUUGUUUCAGUGGAUACAUCAGAAUAGUCCCUGACGUAUACAAUGCUCACUCCUGUAAACCUGUCAGCCGCUGUAGUCAGUAGCUGACACAGAGUACCUGUAUCUGCUGAGUGUCAUUAUUUUCCUUUGAGGGCAAAAUUUCACACAUACACAAACUCAAAGCGAGUAUCGCGGGUCAAGAGUUCAGCAGAGUUGAGCUCCACGCAAAACCACGCUGCAAUUUGACUCGCCACAGGAAGUGAAUGCAUUCGCCUCCUCACUUGCACAGAUUGAGGCGAAGGUUUGCCACUGAUAUAUUUGCGAAUGUGUGACCGGGCCUCUAUGGUACACACACACACUGGAGCUUGAGGAUCACAUGGACAUUAGUGUCUGAGAUUAUUUUCUGUGCUGGUUCAGGAGCAGUACAGCAGCUUCUUCUGAUGUCAGAAAACUCUUCCAAUUAGCAUGGCCGCAUCAGAUGAAACAAAAUUAUCAACUGUAAAUAUAUUAAUUAAAAACAGUCCACACAUGCUCCUCCAUUUCCCGACUUGUGUAUUAACUGACCUGAGCUAGACUGCUACUGAAAAGGUAGUCAAGCAUCUCACUAAAUUUCCUAUUUGCACAUUGUUAUAAGUUGUGAAGGGACAUCUAUUGGUUAAGACACGUUUCUCCUUGUGGUUUGGUUUGGUUUUAAUGGCCAUGUUGGACUUAAACAUUGAUCAGUGUGUUUAACUGAGAAGCAUAAAUCUGAGCUGAGGUGUUCAUUAACAAAGA